CCCACGCCGUACGCCGCCGCCCUCUUCCACCCAUCGUCGCCGCCCCAGACCAUCCUGCAGAAUUAUAUUGGACACCGCAGACAUUGGGAGGGACAGCUCUUCCUCCUCCUGUACGUUUUCUUGGUGUUCAAUUGAUCGGUUCAGGCCAGCGUAUAGCACGCCGUAGUUCCCAUCAGUGACGGAACUACAUCAAGUAAAACUCUGCUACGGCCGGUGCAGUCCAGCAGUAGAAAUUCACUAGGAUAUGAGAGCAAAAUGGGUCAUAACUGUAAAUUUUGUGGACUUCCCUUCAGUUCGGAGCUCUGCCACUGGUCCAUGUCAAAACAUUGGGGGUGACAUGAUUGGUAGCUGCAAGGGGAAGAGUGCCAUGCAAUCCUGCACCGAGGCCACGAACAAGAAGACGACGGAGGUGCUCCCAAGCAACAAGAGGAAGAAGGUCGGGGCAUCAUCAGUUUGCGCACCGUUGCUUCCUGAUGACAUGAUAUUGGAGGUUCUACUUCGGCUCCCAGUCAAGUCCAUUCUCUGCUUCCGGGCCGUUUGCCGCUCCUGGGCUGCAACGUUGUCCUCCAAGGAGUUCUGCAGCCUCCACAUGGCCACCUCUAAGGCAACACCACCAACGCCGAAGCUACUGAUGUUCUCACACGCAACAAGCUUUGGCUCUGCUGCCAUGUACUCAUGCUCGCCGUCAAGCCCCAUAGAUGACUUACUCUUCACCUUUGUCUGUCCCCACUCCGUGGAAGUAGUGACGCCCUCACCAUGCUGUGGACUCACCCUUCUAUACAGUGAUUUUGCGCCAGCUUACUAUGUUUGCAAUGCAGCUACACGGGCAAUCGCACGUCUGCCACCUCACCGCGUUCCAACAUACCGUUCCAGUGCUGGACUGGGGUUUGAUGCCCGGACAAGCGAGUACAAGGUCGUGAGGUUGAUCAAUGGGUUAUCUGAUGAGAAGGAGACGAUCAGGUGUGAUGUGUACACACGUGGAGCUGAUCACUGGAGGCCGGCGACUAGAGGAGUACCCUUCAAAUGGUCCCAGUUUGCAAAUUCUGCAGUUCGUCACGCAGCGAUGAACAAAAUACCACCUGUCUUUGCCAAUGGAUUUCUGCACUGGUUGAUCAAUCCUUCUAUUAUCGUCAAAAGGGCAAGCGCUGCUAUCAUAUCCUUUUCUGUCGCAGAGGAGACCUUCGGAUGUGUCCGUUCACCGCCGUUCUGGGGACCGAGAGAGCAUCUACCCUCCUCGUCCCAGUCAGAAGGAGAGCACCUGGUUGUGAUGGAUGACCAGCUAUGCAUUGUCCGAGACCUUCGCAACAUAAUCCCUCAUGGUAGCACCAUGGAGAUUUGGGGACUGCUGGAUUAUGGCUCCGGUGAUUGGUCGCUGAAUCAUCGAAUUGAUUUGUUUGGAAAGGUAAAAAGUGAAUUGGCCGAGCCACAGAUUGUGAGGGUUAUUGGUAGUGUUGGUAACUGUAAGUCGGGGAAGAAGAUUGUGAUUGCUACUAGCAAUCACUUGGUUCACGCUGAGUUUCAGAAAAAGGUUUACUCAUAUGAUCCUAGUUGUCAAGUUCUAGAGGGCUUCUUUCAGUCACCGAGGCACACGCCUUUUUUACAGGAUUCAUCCCUGGUUCAAGAUUCAGCUUACAUGAAGAGAGCCUUGCUCCAGUGCAUAAAAACCUGGCCUUCAAAAAUGUGCUAAAGAAACCACGUCUCUAUGCUAAAAGGCUAAAAGACAAAAAGUCACUGUUGAGGAAAUCUUCUGUAAUUGAAGGACUUUAAGAAUCUUGCUAACAUUAUAGUUGUCAUGCACGUGAUUGUGGUGUAACUCUCGGAUGUUGCCUUAUGCCCAAUUAAAUCCAGGCGCAACCUUUAAGUAUGAAGAAUAUGUUGAAUAUGUUUGA